CACAUGCCCAGAAGAAUCGAAUUUCCUUCCCUGCCAGCUUCUGCGUGCCGCUGCCCAGCGUGAAGUUCGGCGGCCGCCUCUGGAUGCCGUGGCCCCCUCCUGUUGUCAUGCCUACCCCUGGCCGAUGCCAUCCUCCCGCCGUGUGAGCAGGCUGGCAGCAGCAGCAGGCGGCGAGGAGGUCCCCGUGCCCAUGUGGCGGCGGCGGCGGCGGCUGCCUCUGGGAGCCCAGGAGGAGGACCCUCGCCGGCUUCUCCUGCCGCCCCGCGGUGGUGGAAGAAGGCUUGGCUGCUGCUGGGGCGUUUGCCCCUAACAAAGGAAAGGGCUCGUCGGCAGCCAGGUGGGAGAAGAAGAGCGGAGAGGGGCUGCGGUGCGCCAGAGGAGGCAGGCAGCCCACCACCCCACUGUGGUAGCCGAGGGGGAGGAGGAGGAGAGCCGGGAGAUGGAAGAUGGAAGGAAGCGCUUCUGGGGGAGAAGCAUUUGUUUGGGUUAACGGUGCAUCAGCUCAUUCCCAGAGUGUUGCCAAGGCCAAAUACGAGUUUUUGUUUGGUGGAUCAGAAAAUGAAAACAACUCAGAAUCUAGUAGCCAUGGAGGUAGCACUCUCCUCCCGCACAAUGUCACCAACGAAUUCCCAGAAUAUGGGGCCAUGGACGAAGGUGCCAAAACGUUGGAAACAUCAUCUGAGAUUCAUGGAGUGGCUCUAACGUGUGCUUCAGAUGGGCAGCCAAGUGACCAACUGCUUCUUGGGCCUCAUGAGAAUGGCAGACCUGGAGAUGGGGUGGUGUCAUUUUCUCAGGGGUUACAAAUACCUCCAAUAGAAGAAGAAGUCUCACAAUCUGUUGGUAAACUGAGUGGGAUUGUGGGAAUGUCUCAAGAGAUGGAAUCUGAAACAGCACAAGACAGACAAAAUAGUGCUUUUGGUUCGCAGAUGCAAUUGGAAAAAGAAGGGAGAACUGGCAGACUGGUUGAAGAGGCAGCCAAAGAAAAAGUUCUUGCAGGCCAAGAAAAAGCUGCAGAAAUGAUUCGUCCAUCUGAAGUAACAGCUGAGAAAAAAUUGUAUUGGAUCACAGAAGAAGACUCAACAAUUCAACUCCUAACUCUGGAAAUACAGCCGGAGACAUCACAAGCUGCUGCUGGUGGAACUGAGGAGGUCCACAAAAUGUACGAAACAAGUUGCCAUAUACCUCUGAUAGAGCCAGAGAGCAAAGGCGAGGGCACUGUUGGUGUUCUGGGUGGUGCCUGGGCAGACUUUGAGCGGGAGUUUUCUGUUGUUGACCCAGGCAAAAUGGAAAAAAACCCUGAGAGGAGGAUAUCAAAAGAGACGGCUGUAAGCAAACAUGUGGAAUUUCAAGGGGUAGAAAUCCUGUGGAUACAAAAAGCAGAGGAGCAGAAGGGAAUGGGACACUCUGAGACUGAUAGUAUAGAAAGGAGAACAUUCUCCAGUAUACCAAACCAUCGCGCUCAAUUCAUGGCUUCACCAGAGCGACUUGGUUUGUCUGAGAGCUCUUCGAAUGAAUCUUGGGAAAACCUCCGACCUUUAGCUUCACUGGCUGAAGGUGGUGAGGAUGAAGUCUUUAUAGAAGAAGAAAAGAAGAACCGGCUUCAGGAGAGGAGAUUUGUGCUAGGCAAAGACAGGCUAAUGGAGGAGGAAGAAGCGGUCAGUGGAGGAAUGGAAGAUGUCCUUGGGCAACAGCACUCUGAAGUCUCAACAGAUGUGUACAGCUCACAGUUUGAAAGCAUUCUGGACAAUGCCUCUUUAUAUUAUAGCGCCGAAUCGCUGGAGACUUUAUAUUCUGAGCCUGAUAGCUAUUUCAGUUUUGAAAUGCCACUUACUCCAAUGAUCCAGCAGCGUAUCAAGGAAGACGCUCAGUUUUUAGAAAGGACUCCAGAUGGAGAGAUCAGGAAGGGCCAUUGUGAUGGGAUCUCCAAUGGACUAGGAGAUGUGAAGGAGUCGGACAUCACAGAGGCUUGUCAUAUGGAAAGCAAUGCAAGACUGGGAAAUACAGCACAGUUAAAUGCAACAGAGGACAUGGGAAGCAAUGAUCUUUUGGAAAAAGAGGAGCACGAAAACUUGAGUCGUGACCUCAUCAAUGGCACCACAAGUGGCAAUGUGGAAGCAGCCCGGAGGUUGGCGAAACGGCUGUAUCAUCUAGAUAGAUUCAAGCGCUCUGAUGUAGCAAAGCACUUGGGGAAGAACAAUGAAUUCAGCAGACUUGUAGCAGAGGAAUACCUGAAGUUCUUUGAUUUCACGGACCUGUCUUUGGAUCACUCCCUCAGGACAUUCUUUAAAGCCUUUUCCCUUAUUGGAGAAACUCAGGAAAGAGAGAGAGUUUUAGUUCAUUUCUCCAACCGAUACUACGAGUGCAACCCAAAUGUCAUUUCUACACAAGAUGGAGUCCAUUGCCUCACGUGUGCAAUGAUGCUGCUGAACACUGACCUCCAUGGCCAUAACAUUGGCAAGAAAAUGUCCUGCCAAGAAUUCAUUGCAAACCUUCAGGGAAUGGAUGAAGGCAAAGAUUUCCCAAGGGAAGUCUUGAAGGCUCUCUACAAUUCAAUCAAAAAUGAGAAGCUUGAGUGGGCAGUAGAUGAUGAUGAUAAGAAAAAAUCCCCCUCCGAUGGCACCGAUGAGAAGGAUAAUGGAAUGCAAUCAAAGGCUGUCAAUCGCAUUGGCAAUUCCAGUAAUCCUUUCCUGGACAUUCCUCAUGACCCCAAUGCCGCUGUGUAUAAAACUGGAUUCCUGGCACGUAAAAUCCAUGCUGAUAUGGAUGGAAAGAAGACUCCCCGAGGGAAAAGAGGAUGGAAAACCUUUUAUGCUGUUCUUAAGGGCACUGUGCUUUAUUUGCAAAAGGAUGAAUACAAACCAGAUAAGGCUUUAUCAGAGGAAGAUCUUAAAAAUGCAGUCAGUGUUCACCAUGCAUUAGCAUCGAAGGCAACUGAUUAUGAGAAGAAACCCAAUGUCCUGAAGCUCAAGACGGCUGAUUGGAGAGUGCUGCUUUUCCAAGCUCAGAGCCCAGAAGAAAUGGAGUCGUGGAUCAAUAAGAUAAAUUGUGUGGCAGCGGUUUUUUCUGCCCCACCGUUUCCAGCUGCUAUUGGGUCCCAGAAGAAAUUUAGCCGCCCUCUGUUACCUGCCUCCACAACCAAAUUAUCUCAGGAUGAUCAGCUAAAGUCGCAUGAAAGUAAACUGAAGCAAAUCUCCACUGAGCUUGCUGAGCAUCGUUCCUACCCGCCGGAUAAGAAACUUAAAGGCAAGGAAGUUGAGGACUACAAGCUGAAAGAUCAUUAUCUGGAAUUUGAGAAAACUCGCUAUGAAAUGUACGUGUCCCUUCUCAAAGAUGGAAGUGGCAAGGAGUUGCUGAGCACUGGGGAGAGCGAUGGGCCAGGACUGAAGAAAUGCCACUCAAGCCCUUCAUUAAACCAGGAGUCCCCUGUCAGUGCCAAGGUGAAGCGGAACAUCUCCGAGAGGAAGGAUUAUAGACCCGAAACCCCGAGCAUCAAGCAGAAGGUUACUUAAGGCAACUGAGACAGGCUGGAGGAACAUCAUGUUGCUCGCGCUUUGAUCACCUGUCCUUUGCAAAAACAAAACAAAAUUAACACAUCUGCCUGAAUGGGGUGUUAGUGACAUUUUAAAUUUUAAAUUUUGCUGUUUCUGUACAGGUUGUUGGAGACGUUUUGGCUUCUGCCUUGCAUUUGCCUAGUUAAUUUAUCAUAGAGCAAUUGAUCUGAUCUUUUUUUAAAAAUAAGAAAAAAGAGGGGAAACAAGGAAUGGGAAGAGAGAGAUUUCAUGGUCUAUUUAUCUCUCUCCCCAUCUUUUAUCUUCUUUCGUUGGCUUGUAAUUUUCAUCUCUCAAGUCAUCUGCUGCCUUUUCGGGAGCAGAGAAAGUAACUGGAUAAACAGAAGCUUACUGAGUAUUUAGCUUUGUGAAUGAAUUCUUGCAUUUGCCAAGGUGGCAUUGAUUUACUGCAAGAGGGACUCAGUAAAAAUGCUGAUGCCGGGAAAUAAGAUUUCCAAGUGCUACUGAGCCUUUAACUACACAUAAUGGGAGCCAUGUCAGUAGCUAGACUACUGAAUGAACAGUUAUGGUGAUCUCUGAGCCCACACUCUGUAAGGGACUAGAAAGUGAAGGUUGGACAUCAAGGACAAAGAUGAAGUCCCAAAAGUUAGCAUUUUGGAUGUAGAGGAAGGCCAGCAUGGUGUUCUUUGGUGACCAGCAGUGGUUCCAGCCAAAACUGGUCUUAUUUCUUCAUUUCAUUCAACUGUAGGUCUCAACCAUUGAUCUCUUUGUUUUAUUAGCAGGUAUAGUUCUCAACAGUGUAUAGUCACGUUUGCUCUACAGACCUUAAUGUGUGUUUCUUCUCCACUGGCAUGAUGAUCCUCUUCCAAAAGUUCAAGUAUGUUCAGGCACUUUAGAAUCAAAUUUAUUGCAACUGGGUGUUUUCCUUUCAGUGCUGGAAAACCUGAAAGCACAGUUGCCCACUUCCCUUCUCUAACUAAAGUUAAGACCUAGAGACCUGGUAUUUAGAAUUAUGGAUUAUUUCUUCCUUUAACAAAAACCUGUCUCCAUUCCAGCCACCCUGUGCUGGCCAGCCAAUUCCUCCAGCUAUAAAAUCACCCAUCAUAAACAUAGCCCCCACCACCUCUUUAUUUCCAGCCAUCUACAAAGUGAAUAUGGGCCCAGAACAAGGUGAAUAGCGUUACCAAUGCUCCUUUAUCGACCUUAUUUUCUUAGCACAGGGCAGCAUUACAUUUGACACUUCUUUGAGAAUUGCGAAGUGAUUUGAUCCUGCAGUUCUUACUCUUAUCGUGCCUCAUCCCAGGGUCAAGCAAAUAAAAAGAAAAACCAGAGCAGUGUUGACUUAAGGUGUAAUUAGGAUCCAUGGACAACAAACUCUGGAUUAUCAAAGCACUUGUAAUGUAUAUAAGGUUGCUCCAUUGCCCCAGAAUUGGCAGCUCAAAGAUAAGGAUGCACAUCAUGUGCCAUUGAAUUGUUUGCAGGAUCUGUGUGUUCCUCUGCCCACCAAUCCAAUCAGGACAAACUGGAGAGGGAUAAAUUUGUACAUUAAAAACAGCCCUGCUGAAUCGGGCCCAAGGCCCAUUUAGUCCAGCAUCCUGUUUCCCACAGUGGCCCACCAGAUGCCUCUGGGAAGCCCACAGGCAAAGCUGAGGGCAUGCCCUCUCUCCUGCUGUUGCUUCCCUGCAACUAGUAUUCCCUGGCAGCUGCCUGCCAUAGAAAUAAGAACAAGGCUAGAGUGACACACAGCCUGAACUUCUGGUACUGAACUGAAAGCUGAUGCUGGCCAAGACUCUGUAUGUGCAUUGUAGUCAGGAGCAUCGCUCUUAUCCCUACAUAUGAUGAAAGGUCUGUAUGCCUGGCAUUGACAAUUAGAGUGACCAAUGGUUCAGUUUAAUUCCAGAAGUGCAUAAGGACUGCCUUGGGACUGGAACUCCUUGCUGUCUGCCCCUUACUAGGUAGAUCUGCCCACACUUUGAGAAUCAUUGGUCCUGAGCAUCACAACGGGCAAGCCAGUCUUUAGCGCAGACAGGUUGAUUGUUGUUACAAGAAUGGAUGAACAAAGGAGGAUGGCGUUUAUGAGGCAGUGGUUCUCUCAUUGUUCUGCAGUAACUCAUUUUUCAUGAGUGGUUCACAAAAGCCAGCAAGCCGUCCAGGUAUAGUGAGACGUGCGAGAUGGCAGUAUAGUGACAGGGCUGAUUACCAUUGUCUGGAAAGAUGGGGUGACCUUGCUUUCACGGCUAUGUCUGUUCCAUCUCGGCUGGGGUAAAGAAAAAGUGAAGAUGCUAUUAAAAAGAUUGGAAGAGGUGGGAGAGAUGUGGAAAAUGUUAAAUAGAUCAAAUGAAAGAGUAAAAUCACUGUUUCUACAGAAGAGUGAAAAGCAAAUGCUAUUGUAUUGAGAUUUUCAAUGGCAUUUUCCAUAGAUGUGUAGUUGAAGAAUGAGUUGAAUUAUUCAAGAGCCUUCUGUUUUGUUUGGCUGUUAUCCUUUCUAGCUGUUUGCUGAGUGUUACUGAGUGGUGUUUGCAAACUCCAGAAUAGCAGUUUUUCUUGGAGUGAUUGUGAUGUAAAGUUCUGAAAUGGUGUUCAUCCUAAAGCAUUCAAUGCAAAUUAAUUGUCAAGAGGCUGUGGCCUCCUCCCUCCCUCUAAUAAUACAAAGCAGUCAACCUAAUAUUCCCUCCCCCACCCCCCACCCCCGAAGAAUCACAACUGAAAGGGGUGGUGGUGGUGGUGAAGAUUUGGAUAGGAACCAUGUUGCAGCCAAGUAACCCAAAGCCCAGAUUAUUAAUCCCUUGGAGAAGAGAUAGAAGCAAGGUGUAUGUUAUCCAGGGACCAGCUCAUAUGUAGUACUAUGCAGUGUAGUCCUAUGCAUGGGUUUUUGUGAACCUUCUUCUGCCUUUUUCUUGAUCUGAUCCCAGUCUCACAGUUGAGAAUGACACUCACUUUGGGUGACAAAGAGCCACCUCUCUUGGCCACACUGCUCUAUUUCUAGUCUUGUCUGGGAGGUCACUGAUAAGGGCAGGGGCAUAGCAGGAGGCUUCCUAUUGGUAUCUUUUCCUAGCGGUGGCUUGGCAAUGCCCUCUAGAGGGGAUGGCUCUAUAUUCUGGGUUGGGGACCCUCUGGUCUGAAGACGGUGGUUCACUGGCUGGAAGUAUAGUUUGUAUAAACAUGACCUCUUCACUGAUGGACAGGUUCUAUAGUAAACGCCAGUGCCAGCUACCUGUAAGGGUUGGAUUUGUCCCCAAGACUCUCCAUUGGCCAUCUUUGCUUUAGAACAGGAGCUGGGAGAUGGGCAGUUGGUACUGCUAGUGCAGGGAGAAGGAACCAGCCCCUUGGGCCAAGCUACCACAUAGCUAAAGAUAUGUCGGAAUCAGCCCUCAGAGGCAUGUGUUCAUUCAGCUCUCCUCUUCUCUUGUUGUGAAGCUCUGAAAAGGCCACAGGAUGCCAGCUGAGCCCAUUGUGCUUCCAGUAGUCAGUGCUCUUCUCUAAAGAAACUGGGUAACAGCUGGGAGCAUUCUGCUGAUUAUUUCCCGGUACUUCAAAAUGGAAACCGCUCCCAAGAUGGCUAUUUAAGUUGCACAAUUAAAAGUUUGAAUGUGCUCCAUGUGUACUCUCAUGCUCAGUGUGUACCAUAAUGAAUGCACUCGCCCGGAGAGCCUUGUUGUGAAUGGCAACGUUGCAAAUAAGUCGAAAGUUGCGUUUUGUGUGUGUUGGUAUUUAUUUUAAUAAGCAUAGAGUAGUUCUAAUUAUUUAUUACUGUACUCGCAGAAUGCACAUUGUUCCGAUGGGUGGACUCCCUCGAGUGCUCGAGAAUUGCAAGGGCCCUGGAGGAGGCAGUGAGCCUGCCAGGCAGGAAUCUCUGUUAGUGAGGGCCAAGUACACCGCUUUACUUUCCCCCAUAGGAGUAAGUGGCAGACACUUAAGAAGGAAGCAAAGGCAUGCAUUUGGAGACAGCACUGGGAUAGGGCUUAAUUCUGCUCCCUGUUUACUCCAGCUCUUGAGGAACAGCUGUAUCGCCUCAUCUUUGGUUCGAGUUCUGGAUAACAUUAGAGUGAGACAGAAGUGUGUGUGUGUGUGUGCGCGCACGCUUCUUUAGUGUUCGUUUGAAAAACAAGCUGUAGUUCACUCUGGUGGUCCAGCAUAGCAGAUCUGUGCAUACUGCUGAUGGGGAGACAUAUUCCAACAAAGAGGUGUACCUCUGUUCUGCAAUAGUCACUAAACCCUGAUGAACUUGGGGAAAGUGUAUGCUGCUGUGAAUGCAUAUCCUCAUCCAGAGUUAUAAGUCGCAUGCAACGUCUUUGAAUAGAGCUGAAGUAGGGCCACUGGCUGGCCCCCUGACCAAAUUACUUGACAAAAGUCCUGCUGAAAUUAGGCGGUCCUUUGGAGUAACUUCUGUGUCGUGCUUUUCAGUAACUGAGCCUUGAUGCUGUAUUUAAGAGAACUAGGCAGGUUUUGGUUUUGGUUGGCGAGGGCUUCUUGCUUUCUGUGAGGAUUAGUGGUUGUGAGGCUCUCAUGUUUAAGAGAAUGCUGCCUUUCUCCAUCACUUUGCAAAGGCUUUCUUCAUCUGUCUAGAGAGAUUAAAAUCUCUCAGUAUUAUCUGCUCCUGAGAUCCAUGGCAAAACAAAGAUAAAUCUGUAACAGAACAGCUAGACUGCAUGUUGUUUGGCACUGCAGAUCACUUCUCAGUCCUUUGGGCUUGGGGGUGGGGGGCGCUCUGUCCUUGCAGAAUGCCUUCUGGUUGGGAGGGAUGGUGCUGGUGGCUGGAUGCGAUUUGGCAGUUUUAGAAUUCCUGAACUAAAUCCUUCCAUUUACAGAUUACCUAGUGAAGACCACUGGGGUGCCUUCAAUUAAACCUCUUCCUUAAGUGAUUUCUCUGGCUGGAAGCAGCAGCAGCUUUCUAAAGCAUAGCCUCCCCACUACGUCCCUGCCUGCCAUGCCAUUUUCUCUCUUUCUACUCCCAACCCUCUUAGUCUCAAGUUAUCAACCCAGGUUGGGGUUACCAACAACAAGCUACCAGCUCUGUUUUCACUGGAAAAGUCCCACUUUCUACAAGAAAGGAUUGUAGCAUCUGCAGCCAGUCUGCAUUCACUUUCAUGGCUGCCUUGCACAAUCUCAGUCACACAUAUCCAGGUUUGUUUUAAACUGAGAAUUCAGAUAGACCCAGUGUAGCAGAGACCUGUGUAGCAUCAAAGGGAAAUGAGAUUAACUCCAGUGCUAACAUCCAGUACAGGUUAGGAGAUGCCCGAAUUGUCUCCAGGCAAUCCUCCAGGAUAGCUUUUAAAAGUGGCUGUUUCCUCCUUUUACACCACAAAUGCCUAGCACUGGCAUCCUCAUAAAACUUUGGGGGCAAGUAGCUUCUGCGGAUUUAGAAAACUAGCCCAAAUGCACUUUCCUUUUCAACUGUGAUGGGCUUUUGCUCUCACUGUUCCACACAAAUCAGGCUGCUCUCCAGAAAACUUAAACAAUUGGAAGGAUAUUGUAAAUGCCACUUACAUGCACACACAUACAAACACAUGUCCAUACAGAGUUUUCUAAUUCAUUGUUUGUUUUCCUCAUAAGAAUUUGCCAGUAAACAAAGUUCUACAAAGUUCUUUUCAAAUUGCAAUGAGAUGCUAACUGUAUUUCAUUCAAAAUCAUUUUCUUUUUCCAACUCCUGAUUUAUCAGAAAGGCCUAUUAGCAGUCUAAGCCACCUAAUGGCACAGUGGGGAAAUAACUUGCCCAGUGAGCAAGAAGUUGCUGGUUCAAAUCCCCACUGGCAUGUAUCCCAGAUUAUGGGAAACAACUAUAUUGGGCAGCAGCGAUAUAGGAAGAUGCUGAAAGGCAUCAUCUCAUUCUGCACGGGGGAAUGGCAAUGGUAAACCCCUCCUGUAUUCUACCAAAGGCAACCACAGGCCAACAACACCGACUUGAUGGCACAAUUUUACUAUUAGCAGUCUAGCCAUUGUUCACGGAGUCAGGAGUUCACUCAUACUCUCUUCCUUAACUGUAGAAGUGACAUCCUUAGGAAGUUUCUGGAAAACAGGUUGCAAGACAGAUCAGUUUGUUUUUAGAACACUGCAGCCAUCCAUGCCAGUUUCUACUUCUUGGUGACUGUUUAAGAGCCACAUUUGUGAUCCAUUCUAAGGGGAAACUCUAGGUGGAGGAUUGAGAAUCCAAUUAAAAUCCAGUUUUACUGCACAUACUGGGUAUCAAACAGGCAAUAAAUCCACAUUUUCCAACAGACUAGGAGACCUGCCUGGAAAUCCACGCUUUAUUAAUUUCCUCUUUCAAAAUACCAUGGCUUCUUUGUUUGGUGCAUAGCAGACCCAAACUUCAUGAGCACCUCUUUUUCUUCAGUCACUGUGCUGCAGUCUGCCAGACUGGCUAACACUGUUGUAAGUUUGGGCAGAGAUCUGGAUCUCUGUGCCAUGUUUUGAAUAUGACUGCAGGUGCCCGUAGGUGAGCUCUUGGUCUCAGUUUGUGCAUUAGGUGCACGAUAAUGCGGACUACAUAUUGGCUUGUUGUAAAGAGUAUUAGGAUAGGUAGAAAGCGCAUUGAACAUUCUAGAAAUGUGAUACAAUUUCACACAUUCUGGAUUUCAUUUUGAACUUGGAUUAAGAUGGGCAAGAAUAAAGGUUCACAGAAGGGGGUGUAUCAGGAGGAUAAUAACCAGAACUUUAUUCAUAGUUCUACAAUUGCUACAAGAUUGGGCCAUGUCGGGUCUUUCACCUCUCAUGAUAUGGCUCAGACAAAUUAUUUUGGGCACCUGGCCAUUAUCUUUUAAAAAUGGUAAUAAACAAAGAGAUUCUGUCUGGGAACAAAUAGCAUAGAAGUUAGCAAAUCAUACUAUAUGGGAUUUUUGCCUAAAAUGGGAGAACUAAUUUGGCAAGUGGGGAAUUUCUCUCAUCUCCUACCAGCAGCAUGUAUUUUCAGUUAGUGUGUAUAUAAUAUUUUGGACAAGAUGCUUAUAAUUCCCAGGUACUUCCUUUUGGUUUUUCCCACCUGUGAAUAGGUAUAAACUAGAGCAGGCAGCUGGCACUUUUGUGCAUGUAGUGUUAGGUAGUCAGAUGUAUUCGCAACUGAAAAACAGUUCUAUAUCUAAUGUAAGGCCAAUAUAUAAGGAUUAUUGGAGGGCAUUUCCAGGAGCACUACGUGUCAGCGUUAAUUCACUUCUCAUGACUGAGGUAUGCCUAUGACUUCAGUGUUCAUAGCAGGAAUGCCACUGAAAUUAAACAUUAAUUAAGAAUCCUAAGAAACUAAGUUUUUAGCAGCAGUUUCUUAGGCCUGCUCCUGUGGGUUUGGGAGCAGACUUGGAAGGAGAAUGUCUGAAUUAUUGAAAUGGCCCAGAAAGCCACUUCCCUGCACGCAAGGCCUCACUAUGGCCAGACUAAACCUGGCACAUUACUGCCUGUAGCUCAGGGAUAGAACACAUGCCCUGCUGCAUGCAGAAGGUCCCGGGUCCAACCACCAGUUAAGAGUCUUUGGUGACAAAACUGUGAAGGAGCUCUAGGGAGAGACCUUAGAAGACCAUGUCAGCCAGCGUAGAUGGUCCUCAGCUAGGUGGACCAGUGAUGUGAGCCACUGAUUGGCAGCUAUGCAGAAAAAUAACUGCAGGGUUCUUUCUCCCCCCUCCCCCGCCACCCCAAGGGUGUUUGUCUCUUCCUAAUUAGUGCAGAUGAAUUGCUCUGGAAUUUCCUCUGCAAGAAGUCCUCCAGUAUAUGUUCAGCAGCAUCUUUGUGGCUUGACAAAUGCUGGGCUUGAUUACAUACAGCUGUUGCAGGGGUCUGAAUAAGAAUCCCCCCAUUUUGGUUCAUAAUUGGGGGGGGGGGGGCGCUGGCACAUUGUUUGUUUCUGAUAAUUAUACAAAACAGACAAGGUGUCAUGCUGCUUCCUGUAGUCAUUGUUACUUGUACACAAAGUUUUUCUGCAAUUAGAAUAUUGGUUUAUAAUAAAUACCAAAAUGAUUGCAACAAUCUCUGUUCAAGAUACACCUGCAGUUAGUUUUCCAAUCUCCCUGGAUGCAGAGUUCUGUAAGAUUCAAAAGCCUCCAUAAUACUCCAGUAUUUGGUCCCGUAAAGAGAUCACUUCAUGUCCUUUGCAUUUCUUGAAGUAGUAGUGUGACUACUUUGGUAGUAACUCUGAGGAUGAGUUUAUAGUGAUCAACAUAAAUGCCUCCAUAAUGUUGUUAUUCUUUGUCAUCUUUUGUGGCUAUCAGGGUUGAUAAAACUCAAUGGAUUUAAAGAAAACCUGGAUUUUACAAAUGUAAAUCAGAUUUUUUUAAAAAAAUUAAAUUGGAUGUUGAUUUUUUAAAGUUAUUUAUUAAAAAAGAACUGAGGUCAAAGAGAUCAUUAUGGAUUUUAAUCAUAACUUCUAAUUAUAUUAAAUGAAUAUGUAAGCAGUAUAUCGCGAUCAGAGAUGACAUACCUGAUCAGUCCUAUUCUGCAGAUGGUGUAGAUGCUGUGUGUGCACAUGUGCGUACGCGCAUGCGCACACACAGUCAAGCCCUUGUCCCUCCUUCUUUCUCUCUUUAAAUGUGCAAAAUGAUUAGACUCAUUCACACGUUAUCUUCAACACUUGUACCAGGGGCGUAGCAAGGUUGGAGUGGGCCCAGAGACAAGAUUUUAAAAUGCCCCCCCCUUACUGACACUCAGCUCAUGAAGUGAAGAAAUCUUAAAUGAGGCUGAAUAGUGGUAACAAAAAGCAUAGUAAAAUUUACACACACACACACACACACACACACACACACACACACACACACAAUGUGCCACAAUAGAACAUAAUCCUUAAUUAUUUUUAAAAAGGUUUUGUAAAUUGUGGAGGAUGCAAGUCAUGUAAUGGUACUAGAGAAAGACAUCCUGUUCUGGUAGCUCCAGGUCUUAACACUCACAUCAAUUUCGGAGGAUGAAUGCAACUGAAGGAAGCACGGGCGGGUGCGUGGCUGGAGGAGUCAGUCAUGUGACUUGCCUCUGGGGGCCCCCCCAAGGCAGUGGGCCCCCAGACAACUGUCUCCCCUUGCCCUAUUAUAGUUACGCCCCUGACUUGUACAAUGAGUACAGAGGUACACAGGCACAGUCAUUCACAUGUUAUGUUGAACACAGGUACAGCAAUAAAUUUCCUAUUUCUAAUAUGCAUUUGAAGGGCCUGUUUCCAGGUUCAUUUUUAAAAUGAGCCCAGGUACAGUCAUUCACAUAAACAUGUACAAGUGUACAGACAUCUGUACACUCAUACAGUAUAAUGUCUGAAUCAGGCUAAAGAAGACCAGUGAAUGAAUAGAGUAUUGGGGGGGGGAGUAGAUCUGAGCAUGGUGGAGGAGUCUGGAUAUAAAUGCAAGGGAUGAGGAGGGAAAUAGAAAGUGAAACCAAAAGUGAACAGAGCAUAUUCAUGCAGUCCUGAGAAAACAUUUUCCAAGUAUAUCCAGCAUUGUAGCAGGGAAACAUCUAUCAUGGCAGCAGGCACUAAAAGAGACCCCAUUUAGGAAUAUUUCAGUGAAGUUCCUGUACCUGUGGAUAAGACAGGCAUGCGUGCAAAAUGCAGAGUGCAACAAAGAAAUGCAAGGCCUGGUUGUCUGAAUGAAACAGCAAUAUGAGAUGUGUGCAGCUAUUAUAAUGUGUACCUACCUUCUGAAAAUGAAACCUACAUCUAUCCCUGAAUAUGUAUUAAGGUUAUGUUAGACAACAAGAAUGUGCUUUUACUAAAAAGUGAUGAUUAAAUAGAAUCUUCCUGACUAGUGAUUUAAAUUGUGAUUUAAAUCAUUAAAACUGAGACCUUUUGUGAAGCGAUUUAAAUCAAUCUGAUUUAAAUCAAAUCAACCCUGGUGGUUAUUCAUUCUGUCACCCGCUAGUGACAUUUCCCUGUAAAGUUUGAUUGUAUAAACCUAAGCUGAUAUUCAUUUUUCCUGGGAGUUUAAAGUAGCUCUGUUAGGUAAUGUUUUAGCAGGAGUAGUACAUAUAUGUAAAUUCCAUGCGGUGUACAUGGUAGUAUUUAAGUUUAAGUUAUAAAGAUAUUCAUGGGAUCAAAUUUUAUCAGUAGAGAAUCCUGCACUGAUAGGAUUCUCUGGUUUUGUUUCAGUAAAGCACCAUUAACAUUUCCUUAAUUUCUCCACUGAAAUUAUACAUGAGGGCUAGGCUGGACCCAGGCUGCUCUAGGUGUUCAAGGUACAUGUCCUAAAUAGUGAGGCCUUCAUUGUCGAGUGGGAGAGACCCUGGAAAGCCAAUUUACAAGCUGUGUAUCUGGAAAGAACACUUCAAGCCAGGGUGUAACAAGGAGAUCUUUCCCCCUUCUUCUCUAGUUUUCCCCUCAACUUUAGUUCCGCUAAGGCCCAUAGACAAAAUAAUGCUGAGUUUAAAAGGAGGGUAUCUCUCUCAAGUAUGCUUAAUGGUGAGGGAUAUUACACUUGAAAGGUUGUUGCCUAUCUCCAGUGGCUUUAUGAACUCCUCUCAACAUGAAGAGGAUAGGCUGCAUUUUGUUAAAAGUUAACCAAAAGUGUGGAUGGUAUGAAAAAGGCAGCAUGUUGUGGAGGGGCUGGUGGUAUGAGUGAUGCCAAGGACUAUGUUGGCUGGCCACAUGUCACUGGAGCCCCACAGAAUUAUGGGUACAAGCCUUGAGUGGAUGGGACUCCCCUCUCCCCCGUCCUAGCAACAAUGGAUUCACUAAUCUAGAGACUGAUGUCCAAUAUUCUCCUACAAGGUUCCCACCAAUGUGUUUAUAAUGUGUGCCUACCUUUUUGUUGGUACGAGCUUAUAAAAUUAUUAUUAUUAUCUAUAUACCGCUUUUCAACAAAAAAAAGUUCUCAAAGCAGUUUACAUAAGGAUAGAAAAAGAAAAUGGUUCCCUGGCCCCAAAAGGCUCACAGUCUAAAAAGAAACACAAGAGAGACACCAGCAAGAGCCACUGGGAAGGGAUCCUUUGCUGGACUGAAUAGGGACAGUUGCACUUCCCCUGCUAAACAGAAGAGAGCCAUAACGUUAUAUAACCUCUGGGGAAUCAGUCAUAGGCAAAAUAGGAAGACAAAACAGUUAUUCCUGUGGGGGGGGGGGCGGGGGGAGAAACCAGUGCAAAUCUCUUGUUAAAAUAGUCUCUUUGAAUUACCUAACCUAAAAUCUAAGCAACAACCAAUAUUGGUCAUCCCUUUCCAUUACUCGGGGCUGGAUAGCAGAUCAAAGCCUUAAGCACAUAAGCUACCCAGUCCACAUCAGUCUUGAGCCACAGCCCACACCUUCCCCAGCAUACAGGUCAAGAUCCUUCCACAGCAACUAUUCAUUGGCCAAUGUUACUGUUGACCAAUCAGUCUCUUCUUAGAGUUGAGAGUAGAUUAUGUUCUGCCAGACAGAAGCCUGGUGCCACCUAUGCCAGGAUUCUGCCCAACAAAGUUAAUUUAUCCCUAUGGGAACAUAAAAUGGCAAAACACAACCUACUUCAUCAACAUCAGUAGCCAAAGGGUCCAAACUGUUUUGUCAAUAUUCUCUACAGGUACCACAGAAUUCCCUUAAAAUCUUGAUUCCCUCUUUGCAGGUACUAGAAAGGCAAUUUCAUAGUAAAUGAAGGCACUUAUGGAGCUCCUCUUCCAUAUGGAAGCAGGACUCACUUAUGUGGAUAUUGUUUUUAUAUCAUUGAAAUAAUAUUUUUGAGAUUGUUUACAUUUGCUUUUAUUUUUCUGUAUAUAAAUACACUUCCCUCUGGUUUACCAUUGCUGGAAUCAUCCCUCUAUGGUAUGCAGACAAUAAUUUGCCUGACGUUAUCAAGCUGUGAGAUAUUGUAGACUUUUUUCCCUCUCUUGUGUACAUGUUCAUGACUAUGACAACUUUUUAAAUAUAAAUAUAUAUAUACGUUGGAAUAAUAUUGCUUUGGCGCAUCAAAGCCCCUUCUGAAUGGAUUUUUAUGUUUAUGAAAAUGAACAAGCCAGUGAAGGAUUUCACAUAUGUAUAUGAUAUAUGUAUAUGUAAAAACAAAAACAAAAAAAUAGAAAAGAAAUAAACCAAAUGUAUUUCA